GCUGCCCGGGCUGUCAGCACGUCAAACCCCUCUGUCCACUCAAGCAUGCUGCUUUUGCGUUUGCAGGCUUUUCUACGACACAAAUACAGGAGGCUGCGAUGUUGCUAAUGAUUUUAUUGAGCAGCAGAUAGAAGCGUUUUGUUGAAGCAGAGGAAAAUGUCUCGCUGGACGUGGUGCCCGCUGCUGCUGCUGGUGGUCUGUGAAGUUCAGGCUCAAGUGGAAAACCGGGUCAUUUUCCUGCCGGGAACGUUCCAGAACGUAAGUGUCUCCCAGAAUGAGACGGUGCAGGCCGUGGUGUCCAGGAUCCCUCCAGAGGUCGCUUUCAUCACUCUGCAGUUCCACACGCAGCACCGCAACGCCACACUCUCCUACACCAGGAUGCCUGGCCUGGGUUCCUCUCUGACAGCAGUGGACUCGGGUCUCCUGUCGGCUCUCCAGCCGGGCCAAGCCUCCCUCUCCUUGUUUCUGUCCUCUCCUGAUAACGAGACAGUGGCGGGCACCGGGGUCAUCCUCCCAUACUCCAGCACUGAUCCUGUCCCUGGAGCUUGUAACACAGAGUUUAACCUGGAAAUCGACCCAAACGUCUAUAUCCACUACAACCUCUACGAGACCACGAUCCGUUUUGCACCAGCAAACUUAGGAUCCGAGAGGGGAGCAACUCCUCCGGCCUGUGACCAAUCCACAGCAACCAACACGCGCUGGCGGCUCAACUAUGACAUCUACCAGUACUUCCUGCCUGAGAACGACCUAUCAGAGCGCAGCCUGUUCAGUAGCAUCCAGACUGUGGCUGACAUCCAGGGCAUGAUGGAGAACGGCAAACGGGUCAUGACGCUGUCAUCAUCAGAUAUGACCAUGGCGGUGUUCAACUCCAUCCCCGGUCAGGGUGUCAUCUACUCCGUCAUCGUCAGAGACCCGCUGUUGAACACCUCGGCCUCCUACGUCCCCGUUCACACCUACGCCUGCAGCUUCAAUUCCACUCUGGAUGGCUGUCAGACUCUCGGAAAGAUAUCUACAAAGAUUUUCUUCACCAUCACAGGGUUGGCGGGCCUGUUUGUCUGCUUCUUUGGGCAUCGAUUCUUCAAAUGUGAGAUGUUUUGCAUGGGAUUCAGCUUCGCAACAUUUUUCUUCUUUGUGCUGAUGACCAGAACCACAGGACUGAACUAUAACAUCUGCCUGGCUGUGUCAGCAGUAAUCGGCGUGGUGGGCGGGGUCCUCUUAGUGAUGAGCUGGUGGCGUUUCGGGUCCGUCAUGGCCUGCAUCGUCGUGGUGGGACUGAUGCUCGGCUUCCUCACCGCCUCCACCGUGCUCGCCACUCCUCUUGGUGACCUGGAUGUGUUCAGGCGUUCAGAUGUGGUUUUCUGGGUGACGUUCUGCUGCAUCAUGAUUGCUGUUCCGCUCUUCUUUGUGCGUUGGCCCAGAGAGGGGAACAUCAUCACGUGCGGCGUGGUUGGUGCUUACGCUGUAAUUCUGGCCGUCAACGCCUACAUUUACACCAGCCUGUCCUACAUCACUAUGAACAUCCUCAAACGUUUCCUUAACAACAACUACAGCACAGUGUUCACUGACGUGCCUUUCCAAACCAUCGACUACGUCAUGAUCACAGUGUGGGUGGUGCUCGGCGUUUGCGGCAUCGUGCUGCAGCUGUACCGUGAGCGUUCCCGCCCCUUCUUCCCACCCAGCCCGUACCUCAUGUGGCUGCAAGAACGCGAGCGCCGCAGGACCAACGUCCUGGACCCGAGCCACCACUUCCCCCCGCUGCCCAGCCGGCUCCUGGCCAGAGCGCGGCAGCUCACCAAGAAGACGGAGCCGGCCGGAGAACACACACCUCUGCUCCUUUAAGCCUCGGAGCGUCUCCAUGUGAAGGCGGAUCACAUGUACAGUCAGGGUCCGGACUUGAGAUCCCUGUGAUGCACUUUUCAUCUUGGUGAUCUGGAGGAAUAUCAUUGCUCAUAACUGGU